AUGCCUUACCUUCCUACCUCCCAGGCUUUCCUGGAGCAAUCCGCUCAGCUCCUCCAGGCAUACCCUGACACGACUCGGAUAACAACAAAAUACCACUUCCCCACCGAAACACCAGGCUCUCGCUCCAAACGCGCCAAAUCACAGGCCAAAAAGGCCGCCAAGUCCUCCUCUUCUACAGAUUCGCCCGAAACACCCUCGACACAGACGCAGACUCAGUCCUCUGCCCCGGUUGCCGCUCUGACUCUGAAGACUUACAAUCCUACCGCCGGCAUUGUGCUGCAGUAUCAGACGAACAAGAUCGCCGAGGUCAGUCGGUUGAUGAUUGGGUUAGGCAAGCUGGCAAGCGGUGCGGAUCUGGAAAGCCUGGGGCUGUCCGUGGGCCCUGCGACGGCUGGAGGUGAUGUGGAGAUGGUUGAUGCGCCGGCUGAGGAGGAUGUAGCUGCCUCGGCGGGGGCAUCGACCGGGAAAGGGCAGGGUCAAGGGCAGCAGCAGCAGCAGAGCCAAGGGGGGAAAGGAAAGAAGAAGGGCGGAAAGGGGAAGCGAUAG